CCUUAUAUUGGCUCUCUCUAUAAGCCUCAACGCCUUUUCAUUUCCAUUUCCUUAUUUUUAGCACAAAAACCAAAGCACCGGACACACUCCCUCUCUUUAACAUCCCAUUUCUCUCUCAAUCUGCACUUUCCAUCUUCUUCAAAAAACUGAUCUCACUUCUCGCAUCCUUCAACAUUUCUCUCUCUCUCUCUCUCUCUCUCUCAAUCUGCUGUUUCUUCUUCAACAUAGAGAUGGAUACGCGGUUUAGAAAAUAAGAAUGUGAAACGUAAUGAUGCAGAUGGAAGAGAAGAAAGAAACAAAAGUUGUGCUCACAAGGCCAUUAACAAUACAAAGGGAUUCUGAUUCAGACGCGUCUUAUAAAGCCCCUAAUCUUUUGCAACGAAUACUGAGUUUAUUCGAGAAUGUACGCCCAGGGUCUGAUCUCACACGCUUCCAGCUGCCACCUCUGUUCAACUUACCAAAGUCACAACUUCAGUGCUAUGGUGAAUCAGUGUAUUGCACAGCUUCAGACUUGCUAAGUAUGUGCAACAAUGGUCAGAGUCCACUUGAUAGGUUCAUAUCUGUGGUAGCAUGGUGCAUAUCUACCACUCGCCCUCUGACUUUUGGUGUUGCUCCUUAUAAUCCUAUUCUUGGUGAGACACAUCAUGUUUCAAAGGGAAAUCUUAAUGUGUUAUUGGAGCAGAUUUCACAUCACCCUCCAGUAACAGCUCUCCAUGCAACAGAUGAAAAGGAAAACAUUGAAAUGUUAUGGUGCCAGCGACCUGAUCCAAAGUUUAAUGGCACAUCAGUUGAAGCUAAAGUGCAUGGUAUACGCCAGUUGAAGCUCCUAAAUCAUGGUGAAACAUAUGAAAUGAAUUGUCCUCACCUUUUACUUAGAAUUCUUCCAGUUCCUGGGGCUGAUUGGGCUGGCACAGUUAAUAUACGGUGCCCAGAGACAGGUCUAGUAGCUGAAUUAUCCUACAGAUCAAGUUUUUUUCUAGGAAUUAGGGGGAAUCAUAGAGUGAUCAAAGGGAAGAUCCUUGACUCUUCAUCAUUGAAAGUUCUAUAUGAAGUUGAUGGUCAUUGGGAUAGGACCGUAAAAGUGAAGGAUACAAAUAAUGGGAAAGUAAGAGUGAUAUAUGAUGCAAAGGAAGUGAUGUCAGGUCUCGUAACUCCUAUAUUCAAGGACACGGAGAGUGUGUGGCAAACAGAAUCAGCUCAUGUUUGGGGUGAAUUGAACCAAGCUAUUAUGAGCAAAGACUGGGAGAAAGCAAGAGAAGCAAAGCUAAAAGUUGAGGAAAGACAAAGGGAGCUUGUGAGAGAAAGAGAAUCAAAAGGAGAAACAUGGAUUUCUAAGCAUUUUGUAGUGUCUAACAACAAAGAAGGGUGGCAAUGCUCACCUAUUCAUAAGAGUGUACCAGCUGCCCCCAUCAUAGCCCUAUAAUUGUCAUUGUCCAGUAGUGUAAAGCAAGGAAGAGUACAUUUUAAAAGAGAAUGUUCAUAAAGAAAUUUAAUGGUUGAAAUUUUGACAAGUCAA